AUGCCCAGGGCGGUGAGAGAGAGAGAGAGAGAGAGAGCGCGCGCGCGCGCGCGUGUGUGUGCUGUGCCGCUGGUUCGUGACAUCCAGCAGCGGGCUCAAGGGUGGUUUCCCUUGCGAGUGGGGCCUCACCAGAUCAAAGAAAAGAACCCAACGCUGUGGUUGCGCGCACCGCACGCUGUUAGCCUUGCCUGUCGCAUCUUGACCAUGGCAGGUUUUGGUGGGUUUGGAGCUCCUGCAGCCUCGACCGCAGGGGCCACGGGCGGGUUUGGGGCCAAGCCAGCCACAACUGGUUUUGGGACACCCGCAGCCUCGACCGCGGGAGCCACCACCGGCUUUGGCGCCAAGCCAGCCACAGCUGGUUUUGGAACACCCGCAGCUUCGACCGCGGGAACCACCACCGGCUUUGGCGCCAAGCCAGCCACAGCUGGUUUUGGAACACCCGCAGCUUCGACCGCAGGAGCCACCACCGGAUUUGGCGCCAAGCCAGCCACAGCCGGCUUUGGGACGCCCGCAGCCUCGACCGCAGGAGCCACCACCGGAUUUGGCGCCAAGCCAGCCACAGCCGGCUUUGGGACGCCCGCAGCCUCGACCGCAGGAGCCACCACAGGAUUUGGCGCCAAGCCAGCCACAGCUGGUUUCGGAGCUGCCACCACCGCCGGAUUUGGUGCUUCGACAGGAGGUUUCGGUGCGGUCAAGCCUGGGCUCGGCGCAACUGCCCCUGCCGGCUUUGGUAGUCAAGCCAAUGGCGGUGCUGCACCCACCUUUCAGCUUGCAGCCAUCUGUAAGCUCCUACUGGCCGCCUACCUCCGUCGCCUCUUCUGCUGUCUAGGACAGCCCCUCAUCUUUUCAUUGACCUUGGUUUUCUGUGCAGCGGGUGCUAAUGCACAGCAGACACCGUCGGCCGAUGGCAGCACCACUCCCAAAAAGGGGCAAACCACGAAGGAUCCUUUGGAAGAAAAUGUCGAAAAGCCCAUCGAGGAUGCCAUCAAGGCGUUGGAAACACACAUCACCACGUUCAAACGCACCGAAAUCAAUCUCCACAAGCAGGACAAAGAAUUAAAACGGAUGGACGGCGAUAUGCAGCAUUUUGAUCAGCAGCUCAAGGCGCUCAACACAGACCUCAAAAUUACACAGCAAGUGGUUGCCGCUCUUAAAGAUCGGUGUCGCCAGCAGACAGAAGACGCUCGCUUAGCCGAGCGCCUUCUUGAAGGCUACGAACAAUCUUCGUAUCAGGCUACCACGUCACCCAUCAUUGACUUUUACUACGCCUGCAUCAACGACUUUGACAACAAACUCAAAGUCUAUGUGGGGCACGUCGAAGAGCUCGAGUUGGCCCUGCGCUGUAACAAUGGUGAUGCCGUCGAUGCUGCCGCACUAGAGGAAUCAAUGGUACUCAUCAACAAUGCCUUCCUGAGCCUAACCGCCCAAGUACAUCAAUUGGUGCAAAGGCUCAACAACGAUGCUCAUGAGUAUCAGCUUGUGUACACACGCCUGUUGCGCACGGCAACUGAUCCCGACGAUCCAUUUGCGGAAUUGGCCAGCAAAAAUAAAACCGCUCGAGAUGCUGCCGAAAGCGACUUUAUGGAAGAGAUUGUGGAUGAGGAAGAAAAUGGCUUGCCAGACCUGGGCAGCGCACAAGCACAACAACAGUAUCUGAUGCAAAGCAACCCGCAGCUCUUGCUCAUGCAACAACAACAGCAACAACAAAUGAUGCAGCAGCAACAGAUGACGCAACAACAAGCAGCUACUGGCAUGGGGUUCGGCACGAGCACUUCAGGGUUCGGGGCCAAGCCUGGCUUUGGCACACCGGCUGCGGGCGGCUUUGGCACACCGGCUGCGGGCGGAUUUGGGUCUACCGCCACAACCGGAUUCGGAGCCAAGCCGGCCACCUCAAUGGGUGGCUUUGGAAAGCCAGGCGGUUUCGGUACUCCAGCUUCAACGGCCACAAGCACCGCAGGGUUUGGCGCGCCAGCGGCCGGGUUUGGCACUCCUGCAGCCAAGACGGGUUUUGGUGGUGCCACCACGGGCUUUGGUACUCCCGCAGCAUCGACGGGCUUUGGUGGUACGCCGACAGCACCUUCCGCCGCGACUGCCGGCAAGUCGUUUGGUUUCUAAAAAAAGGCAACCAUCGUGCACCUAUGCUUCGAGAGCUUCACAGCGAACGCGCUGGUCUUGCAAGAGAUGCUUCGCCUGCUCGCAC